UUUCAUUGGCAGUUGUCACUCUCCUGUGCUCAGCUCUCUAUCUCUUUAGGGUUUCAGCGCUUCCUCCAGGUUCAACUAUGGGCAAGGAAAAGUUUCACAUCAACAUUGUGGUCAUUGGCCAUGUUGACUCUGGGAAGUCGACCACCACUGGUCAUUUGAUCUACAAGCUUGGGGGUAUUGACAAGCGUGUCAUUGAGAGGUUUGAGAAGGAGGCUGCUGAGAUGAACAAGCGUUCUUUCAAGUAUGCUUGGGUGCUUGACAAGCUCAAGGCUGAGCGUGAGAGGGGUAUUACUAUUGAUAUUGCUCUCUGGAAGUUUGAGACCACCAAGUACUACUGCACUGUCAUUGAUGCUCCUGGACAUCGUGACUUCAUCAAGAACAUGAUUACUGGAACUUCCCAGGCUGAUUGUGCUGUCCUCAUUAUUGACUCCACCACUGGAGGUUUUGAGGCUGGUAUCUCGAAGGAUGGUCAGACUCGUGAGCAUGCUCUCCUUGCUUUCACCCUUGGUGUUAGGCAAAUGAUCUGCUGCUGCAACAAGAUGGAUGCUACCUCUCCCAAGUACUCAAAGGCAAGGUAUGAUGAAAUCGUGAAGGAAGUGUCAUCUUACCUGAAGAAGAUUGGAUACAACCCAGACAAAAUUCCUUUUGUUCCCAUCUCUGGUUUUGAGGGUGACAACAUGAUUGAGAGGUCCACCAACCUUGAUUGGUACAAGGGUCCAACCCUUCUUGAGGCCCUUGACAUGAUCAACGAGCCUAAGAGGCCCUCUGACAAGCCCCUCCGACUACCACUUCAGGAUGUCUACAAGAUUGGAGGUAUUGGAACUGUUCCUGUUGGACGUGUUGAGACUGGUAUUAUCAAGCCUGGUAUGGUUGUGACUUUCGCUCCCACUGGAUUGACCACUGAAGUUAAGUCUGUGGAGAUGCACCACGAGGCUCUCCAGGAGGCUCUUCCUGGUGACAAUGUUGGUUUCAACGUCAAGAACGUUGCAGUCAAGGAUCUCAAGCGUGGGUAUGUUGCUUCAAACUCCAAGGAUGAUCCUGCCAAGGAGGCAGCCAACUUCACCGCCCAGGUCAUCAUCAUGAAUCACCCUGGCCAGAUUGGAAACGGUUAUGCUCCUGUGCUUGAUUGCCACACCUCUCACAUUGCUGUCAAGUUCGGUGAGAUUCUGACCAAGAUUGACAGACGUUCUGGCAAGGAGCUUGAGAAGGAGCCCAAGUUUUUGAAGAAUGGUGAUGCUGGUUUUGUUAAGAUGCUUCCCACCAAGCCCAUGGUUGUUGAAACUUUCUCUGAGUAUCCCCCACUUGGUCGUUUUGCUGUGAGGGACAUGCGCCAGACUGUUGCUGUGGGAGUCAUCAAGGCUGUGGAGAAGAAGGAUCCUAGCGGAGCCAAGGUUACCAAGUCUGCAGCCAAGAAGAAGUGAAUUGUGCGCCUUCCAGGUUCAAGUGCAGGCUAUCUUCAGUGUGGUUAUAAUAAAGCAUGGUUUGUUGCUACUAGUAUUCUGAGUCGGUCUUUUACUGUCGUCUGUGUCAGUCGUAGGCUCAAGUUACCUCCGUCUUCGUGUGGGUAUUCGCAGAAUUGGGUGCUUGAUAGGCGGUGGCGAGCUUACUUAUGUUUUUUUUUUUUCUUGUUCUGUGCUGUUGUCAUAGCUAUGUUUUGUGACUACCUUCUUAAGCAGCUUUCAUAUGUUGCUUGGAUAUUGUUUACUUUUAUAUAAUGUCAGCUUAUUUUAUGCUUGC